AUGGCUGCAAGUGGCCGAGUGCUCGGCAGGGCCAUGAGUGCCUCUCCCUGCUCUGCUUGGAGACAAGCGCGCUGGACAGCCCAGGGACGCCUGAAGCCUGAGUACGAUGCGGUGGUGAUAGGAGCAGGUCACAACGGGCUGGUGGCUGCUGCCUAUCUGCAGAGACUGGGGGUGAACACAGCCGUCUUUGAGAGACGCCAUGUGAUCGGGGGCGCGGCUGUCACUGAGGAGAUCAUUCCAGGGUUUAAGUUCUCCCGAGCGUCCUACCUUCUCAGCCUGCUGAGGCCACAGAUCUACACUGACCUGGAGCUGAAGAAACAUGGGCUGAGGGUUCAUCUUCGAAACCCCUACUCCUUCACCCCCAUGCUGAAAGAAGGCACCAAGUCCCUGCUUUUGGGCAUGGACAUGGCAGAAAACCAGAAGCAGAUUGCCCAGUUCUCGCAGAAGGAUGCCCAGGCUUUUCCCAAAUACGAGGCCUUCAUGAACAGCUUGGCGCUGGCCGCUGAGCCCCUGCUGGACGCCGCGCCCGUGGACACGGAGGCCUUCUGGCAGGGCUCCCUGCUGCGACGGCUCAGGUCGCUCUCCGCCCUCAUGCCCCUGCUGCGGGCAGGCCGCAUCCUGGGAGCCCGGCUGCCCCAGUAUUACCAGGUCCUCACGGCUCCCAUCACCAAGGUGCUGGAUCAGUGGUUUGAGUCCGAGCCUCUAAAAGCCACUCUAGCAACAGAUGCCGUGAUUGGAGCCAUGACAAGUCCCCACACCCCAGGGAGUGGGUAUGUGCUGCUGCAUCACGUGAUGGGCGGCCUGGAGGGCACGCGAGGGGCCUGGGGCUACGUCCAGGGUGGCAUGGGUGCCCUCUCUGAUGCCAUCGCAAGCUCAGCCACUGCACACGGAGCAAGUAUCUUCACUGAAAAGACCGUGGCUAAGGUGCAGGUGAGCCGCGGGGGACGCGCCCAAGGAGUCGUGCUGCAGGACGGCUCAGAGGUGAGGAGCAAGGUGGUGCUGUCCAACGCGUCGCCGCAGGUCACCUUCCUGCAGCUGCUGCCACAGGAGCGGCUGCCUGAAGAGUUCGUGGAGAGAAUCUCUCGGCUGGACUGCCGGUCACCUGUUACCAAGAUCAACGUGGCUGUCGACAGGCUGCCUGACUUCUCGGCGGCCCCCAACGCUCCCGGGGGCCAGCCGCUGCCCCAUCACCAGUGCUCCAUCCACCUGAACUGUGAAGACACCCACCUGCUGCAGCAGGCCUUCGAGGACGCCAUGGAUGGCCGGCCCUCCCACAAGCCUAUGAUUGAGCUCUGCAUCCCUUCCUCGCUGGACCCCAGCCUGGCUCCCCCCGGCUGCCACGUGGUCUCCCUCUUCACGCAGUACACUCCCUACACCCUGGCCGGAGGCAGAGUCUGGGAUGAGCAGGAGAGAAACGCCUACGCAGACCAAGUGUUCGCCUGCAUCGAGGCCUACGCCCCCGGCUUCCAGGCCUCCGUGCUGGGCCGGGACAUCCUCAUGCCACCUGAUCUGGAGAGGAUCUUUGGGCUUCCUGGAGGGAACAUAUUCCACUGUGCCAUGACCCUGGACCAGCUGUACUUCGCCCGCCCGGUGCCCCUGCACUCCAGCUACCGCUGCCCCGUCCCGGGCCUGUAUCUCUGCGGAAGUGGGGCCCAUCCUGGAGGAGGCGUCAUGGGAGCCGCUGGACGCAAUGCAGCCCGCGUGGUCUUUGGGGACCUCAAGAGCAUGUGA